UCUCAUAUAUUGACUAACCGAUCACAUUUCCAUUCUUCAACCCAAAAUUCCAAUUCCAACCCAUUUCGACCGCCAUGGCCGGCUCGGCACCGUCGUCGUCGACCACCAACAUAAUGCUCGCGAUCCUGGAGAAGAAGACCACCUCCGUCGACCUAUUUCGCCCGCUCCGCAACUUUAUCGCCUUCAACUACUCGGAGCGCGAGGCCCAGAACCUCGACGACGACCUCCAAACCCUCAAGCAGCUCCGCUCCGACGUCGAGCGCCAAUCCGACCCCACCCCCACCGCCCGACGCGACCUCCUCCAGAGCUACUUCAAGGCGCUCUGCCUCGUGGAGACCCGCUUCCCAAUCUCCCCGGACAAGGACCACAUCAACACCGUCACUUUCACCUGGCAUGACGCCUUCAAGCACAAGCAGAAGGCCUCCCAGCAGAACAUUCACCUCGAGAAGGCCGCCGUGCUCUUCAAUCUGGGCGCCGUGUACAGCCAGAUCGGGCUCUCGUACGACCGGGCCACGGUCGAAGGGCGGAGGCUGGCUUCGCACGCGUUUAUUGGGGCGGCGGGGGCGUUUGCGUUCUUGAGAGAUAACGCGGCGACCAAGGCGUCGAUUGGGAGCUCGACGACCGUGGACAUCUCCGUGGAGUGCGCCGGGAUGCUCGAGCGGCUCAUGCUGGCGCAGGCGCAGGAGUGCGUCUUCGAGAACACCAUCGCCAAAGGGAGCACCCCGGGGGUCUGCGCCAAGAUCUCCAGGCAGGUUGGGAUGUACUAUGAAGAAGCUUUGGCGGCCCUGAAUGUUGCACCUCUGAACCAGCAUUUCGACAAGGCCUGGAUAUCCCAUGUGCAACUAAAGGCGGCUCUGUUUUAUGCUGAAGCUUCCUAUAGGUACGGUUUAGAGCUGCAUGAGAAAGAAGAGAUUGCAGAGGAAAUUGCACGGUUGAGGAGUGGGGUUAGUGCUUUAACCGAGGUAAAGAAAUCCUCAAAGGGUGCUGCAGCGCAACUUCUAGAUGCAAUUAACAAGUUAGAGGCCAAUCUUAACCGGAACCUAGAGAGGGCCAUGAAGGAGAAUGAUAGAGUUUACCUCAUGAGGGUUCCUUCCCCGAGUUCCUUACCACCUCUUCCAGCAUUCUCAAUGGUUAAGCCGAUGGCAAUGAAUGAGGUAUUGGAUGCGAGCAAGGAGAAGAUGUUUGCAAGCCUUGUUCCAGACAGCAGUGCCAAGGCUCUUUCCAGGUACACGGAGAUGGUGGAUGACAUUAUCAGAACGCAAGCUGAAAAAUUGCAACAAGCCAGUGAGUUGACCCGAGUAAGGCUCAAGGAGAUGGACCUACCGGAAUCUAUUCUUGCCUUAGAAGGGAAUUUUACUCUCCCAACAGGUCUUAAAGAAGAUGUGGAGGCGGUACAGAUAAGUGGGGCCCCAGCUGGAUUGGAAGCAGAGUUACAGCAACUUAUGGAUUUGAGGAGGGUGAACCAGGAGAUGCUGAUCCAGAUAGAGGAGCUCUUGCAGAAAGAGGCAAGAGAAGACGCUCAAUUUAGAAGCCAAUUUGGAACACGGUGGACUAGACCUCAGUCCAGCACUCUAACAAAGAACUUACAGGAUAGGUUGAAUAGAUUUGCAGCUAACUUGAAGCAAGCUGCAGACAGUGAUGGCCGGAUUGAGCGUUCAGUGAGGGAACAUUCAGCAUUCAUGUCAAUCCUUGAUCGCCGUCCGAUUGAAUCCGUCCUCCCAUCUUUAGCAAGGCCAAUAAUGUCUCUGGAUGCCAAUGAAGAUGCGAUUGUGGGUGUCCUGAAGCAGAGCUUGAGGCAAUUGGAAACUCUUGGUGCACAGCGGGCUGGUCUUGAAGACAUGCUUAAAGAGAUGAAAAGGAAGGAUGAUAUACUACCAAAGCUGAUGACAUCAACUGGCUCCUAUGAGGAUCUUUUCAGGAAGGAGAUAUCAAAGUAUGAUCACAUUAGUGAAGAAAUUGCCCAAAAUAUGGAGGCACAAGAACAAUUGUUGUUGCAAAUCCAGGCUCAAAAUGAUGAGUUUUCGGCCAUCUUUAAUCUUGAGGACUAUAAAGCAUCUCGCGAGAAAUGUUAUAAGCAGAUUCAAGCUGCCAUAGCUAAGUUUCGGGAGAUCAAGGAUAACAUCAAUGAGGGAUUGAAGUUCUAUGUUACUCUUCAGGAUGCAAUCACAAAUGUAAAGCAGCAGUGCAGUGAUUUUGUCAUGACUAGAAACAUCCAGUGUCGGGAAAUGAUGGAAGAUGUGCAAAGACAAAUGGCGGGCCUCAAUUUCCAGGAUGGUAAAAACACAGGUGCAUACAACAGCAACUACCCUCCAGGAGGACAUCAGACUCAGAGAUCCAAUUCACAGCAGCAAGCAGAUCCUCGUUCACAAACACCUUAUUACCAGCCACGUGAUCAGCCACCAAUGGCAGGCUACGCUCAUCCUCCUCCCUCGUAUAGCUCCCCACAGUCGUUCCCGUCUCCUUACCAUGUUCCAGCUACUUCAGCUGCUCCAUAUCCACCUCCUCAGGCCCAACAGCAGCAACCUGCUAGCCACGAGUAUGGCCAACCUGCUUAUCCGGGGUGGCGAGGCCCAUACUACAAUGCCCACGCACAACAACCUGGAUCUCUUCCUCGCCCCCCUUAUACCGUUCCAGGUCCAUAUCCUCCUCACCAAAGUGGUGGUUACUAUAAGCAACAAUAGUGUACUGUGUAUCAUCUUAUCCUCUUUGGCUGUAAAAUUUGAUUGCUUGUGAUAUGUGUUACCCGUUGCUUUGUUCCAUCGUGGGUUUACUGGAUUGAAUUUAGAUAAAUCUCGUUCAUGAUCGAAUAGCUUAUUCAUCUUGAUAAUCCCUCUGUUGGUCUGCAUAAUGUGCUUCGUAUAUACAAGGAUUUUUCUAUGUAUAGCGACUAAAGAAUGUUGAGAUUUAUUAAAUGAUACUAAUAAUUUGAUA